AUGUUGUUUUUGUGGAUAAAGGUUAAGAAUUGGGUAGCAGCAGGAGCUGCAGGAGUAGCUGUGGUUGACUUUGCCCCAGCGGCACUUGGUUUCGGAGCAGCCGGCAUUCUAGCUGGGUCACCAGCAGCUGUAAUAAUGUCUACCACAGCCUUGGCCAAUGGAGGAGGAGUAGCAGCAGGCAGCGCGUGCGCUAUUUUGCAGUCAGCUGGAGCUGUGGGGCUGACCGCUAAAGCAGCUGCAAUCGGUGGUACUAUUGGGGCUGGAGCCGGUUUUCUUCUCGAUGAUGAAGAAAAAUAUAACCAGUUGCACACUCUGGUUAAUGAAUUGGGUAGCACCCCAGCGGCACUUGGUUUCGAAGCAGCCGGUAUUCUAGCUGGGCCACCAGCAGCUGCAAUAAUGUCUACCACAGCCUUGGCCAAUGGAGGAGGAGUAGCAGCAGGCAGCGUGUGA